AUGUCCGAAGAGAAUUCAUUACCAUUUUUUCAUGGUGCUUUAUUAGAUGAUGAUGUUGAUAAAUUGCUAGAAUUAAAUGGUGAUUUUUUAUUACAAACCAAAUUUGAACAAAGUAAGAAAAAAAACAAAUUGAUACUGGCCAUUAGACAUGGACAUCGAACAAUAAGAAUACCAAUUUCACGACUUGAGAAAGGAUAUCGCAUAUUUGGACGUUCAUUUUCAACAAUGAAUACAUUAAUCAAAUAUUAUCAAGAACAUAAUAUUGAAGCACACGGAAUUGAUUCGUUACUUCUGAGGAGACCAAUUAAAAAAGGCAGAUUUGAAUUGAAUCAUUCUGAUAUUAAAAUUAUGAAAAAGAUUGGUUAUGGCGCAUAUGGAACGGUAUAUAAAGGUAUAUUACUAAAGAAUCUUUGUCCGGUAGCAAUUAAACGAAUUGAUUGUGCAGACAAAUCAGAGCAGGCCUUAAUUGAUCUAAUGAAAGAAGCACGUGUGAUGCAAUUAUAUGAUCAUAUCAAUGUUGUUAAAUUUUAUGGCUUUAUCGUAGAUAGGGAACCAUUUUUGCUUGUUAUGGAAUAUUGUAAGGAUGGAUCGGUGGAAGAUAAAUUAAGACAGUAUGGACGUCGUCUAAGUAUUGAGUCACGCAUUGAUAUUGCAUGUCAAAUUGCUCGUGGUCUUGAAUAUCUUCAUUUGAAAGGUUGCAUUCAUCGUGAUAUUGCUACACGUAAUUGUCUUCUUAAUGGAGCAGUUGUUAAGUUAGCUGAUUUUGGAAUGUGUCGAGCAACGCUUGUUUAUAAAAUUGACCUUUCAAAACCACAAAAUGUUCGCUGGCUUGCACCUGAGGUAUGGCGUUCCGGCGAGACACGAUUCUGCACAGAUAUUUAUGCAUUUGGAAUUACCCUUUGGGAAUUAUUCACAAUACCGUAUACUCAUCCAUACAGUACAUGGAAAGCGUAUAAAGUUAAAGAAAAGGUAAUGGCUGGCUAUCGAUUACCAAGUCCAGAAGAUAUGCCCGAAUCAGUGAUAACAAUGAUGCGACGAUGUUGGGAUCAUGAUCCAUCAAAACGGCCUACUGCUAAACAAGCACGAGAAUAUUUGGAAGACAUUUAUCGAAAUUUUACUGCUGAAAAAUCUACUGCUACUAGUUCGCAUACAGCAGUUCUCAAUUCACGAAGUGGUAGACAAGUUUCGUCAUGUGAAGACGUUUCGUCGAAAUCAAUCCGUGAAAUCACGCAAUCACGUGAUGCUGCACUUAGAAGACAUAGUUCUUCAGGUUCAAACAGCGGAGCAUCUUCUAAAAGUAGAGUGUAUCGAAAAAAUUCCACGUAA